CACAGUGAUCGAAAUACUAGCCGAGGCAGAGGAAGCGGCGGACGAGAGCAGCGUGAACUCUACAGCCAAAUACGCGCAUUCCACAAUACACUCGCAGAGGAAUUCGCCGGAAGACAGCGGACGCUUCAUAUAUAUAUUUGUUUUACCGACGCGUGACGUGACAGAAAGAUGGAUGAGCUGCAGGACGUACAGCUGACGGAGAUCAAGCCGCUGCUGACCAACAAGAAUACACGCAACUUCCAAGAUUUCGACUGCCAGGAGCAUGAUAUUGAGACUCCCCAUGGCGUUCUCCACGUGACAAUGAGAGGCGUUCCAAAGGGCAACCGACCCGUCAUCCUCACCUACCACGACAUCGGCCUCAACCACAAGUCGUGCUUCAACACCCUGUUCAACUAUGAGGACAUGCAGGAGAUCACGCAGCACUUUGCGGUGGUCCACGUGGACGCGCCCGGCCAGCAGGAGGGUGCACCUCCCUUCCCCAGCGGUUACCGCUACCCGACCAUGGAAGAGAUGGCGGAAAUGCUGCCUUCUGUGAUGACUCAACUCAAGGUGAACAGUGUGAUCGGAAUCGGCGUGGGAGCGGGAGCGUACAUCCUCAGCCUCUUCGCACUGAACAACCCGACCCUGGUGGAGGGGCUGGUUCUGAUCAACGUCGACCCGUGUGCUGAAGGCUGGAUCGACUGGGCAGCUUCGAAGCUGUCUGGAUGGACCAGUAAUUUGGUAGAUAUCAUCAUGGCUCACCACUUCAGCACGGAUGAGUUGACCGAUAACCAGGAGCUGAUCCAGACCUACCGCCUCCACAUCGCCCAAGACAUCAACCAGGACAACCUGGCCCUCUUCUGUGGCUCCUACCAAUACCGCCGCGACCUGGAGAUCGAGAGGCCAAUCGUAGGUCUGAACGAGGCCACAGUCAACACAUUAACCUGCCCUGCGUUGUUAGUGGUUGGGGACACGUCCCCUGCUGUGGAGGCUGUGGUGGAGUGCAAUUCCAGGUUAAAUCCCACCAAGACCACACUGCUGAAGAUGGCUGAUUGUGGAGGAUUGCCGCAAGUCGUGCAGCCAGGGAAACUUGCCGAGGCCUUCAAGUACUUUCUUCAGGGAAUGGGCUACAUUCCCUACGUUCUCCUCAGUCACCUGAGCAACGAUUCAGUGCCUACAGUAGGAAUGACUCGUCUGGCUCGCUCCCGCACCGCCUCCUCUUCCAGCAUCACCUCCAUGGACAGCAGCCGCAGCCGCAACAACCUCAACAGCUUGCUGGAGGGCGGCGUCCCCGGGGCCUUGGACAACCAGGCCAGACCCCAGACCAUGGAGGUCUCCUGCUAAGCUCCGCCCCUUGCACAUUCCCAUAGUAACUGAUGUGCCCUCCCUUUCCUCCCCCCCUUCUCUCUCUCUCUCUCUGAUAUCCUGCUCCUAAGCAACUCAACGCCGGGAGGAUCUGUAACAAAGUUAUGUGAUUAGAAAAGAAGAUGUAAUAAAUAUAUUAACAGAUGCAUAUUAUUGAAUAUUUAAUACAGUGUCGGUCACAUUCGUACCAGAAACCAUUACUACGGUCAAAUGUGUUAGUAUUCAAAUGGUUAAACCAUUAAUAUUAUUGAGUGUUCGACCCCAACCCCUUUUAUUUAUUUUUUUUCACGUCGUCUUUGAUUUAAAUGUCUUCACACACUAUAUAAAUGCUCCAUGUGUACAAAAUAGCAAUCCCUGCAAGGUACAACACUUUUGCUAUUUCAACUGGUGUCUCCUCUCGUAACCUUUAAGCGUGUAGGCUGUAUAGAUUUAAAAGCACUAUUUCAUUGUUUAAUCCCAAUCGUUCUUCAACGCGAGGCUGAAUUGGUCACAAAGUAUACUUCGUGCAUAGAGCUGCUUCUGAACACUGAACCAACCUUCCUGUCAACUGCUUCCCUUCACAAACAUGUCUUUAUUUUGUAUUUUUGUUUCCGAGCUCGCCGCCUUUUUCUUUCUGCUUUGCGUUGAUGUUUUUGUUCAGUUCGAAUAGAUUAUUCAGUGAUGUUUUAACGAGUGGGUUCUGAUGUGAAAAGUAGGAGUCCUUUCACCGGGAGGCCCAGUGGUGCUUCUCACUGUCUGCUGAUUUCAACCCAUUUAUAUUACUACUGAAUAAAGCCACAACAUGACAA